ACUCUACCACUUACACGUUAGUUGGGCGAUACGUAUGAUAUGUGUAGCUCACUUAUAACCUAGGGACGAUGCUGUUAUAAUGUUAUAAGUAUUGCGGGAAGCUGCGGCAGAGUACUUGCCUCCUGUUCAGUGAGCGUUACAGUGCUGACACACCACAGAUGAAAAAACAAACAACAGACUAAGAAGGAAAAGUCAGCCAGACGACAGAGUUGCCAAACCUUCACUGCUCAAUCACCGCCGUGCGAGGACUAUACUGUGGUGGCUCGACUAACCACAACUGAAUUAUUGUGACUUUCACAUGAGCCUUAAUUAACAUAGUGUCUUGCUUGACAUCGCUGUACAAUCAACGGGAACGUCAACGAAGGCAGUGAAGGAGGUAAGGCAGCCAUGAAAUCCCACUAUGUCUCCGUGCCGCUGACCACUGAAUGUAGGGAGAAUCUGAAGGCACUGCAGGAGACGCUCUUAGAUGACGCCAAAAAACUCAAGCUUCGGAGCAACUUUGUCGAGGACGCCCACUUAACCCUCGGCGUCUUCAGUAUCGACAAAAGCAAGAGACGUGAUGGGGAGACAGAGGAGCAGCUUAUUGUAUCCGUGAAUAAAGUUCUCCAGGAUUUCCUACAGAAGCAGAGGCCGCCGCUGCAGCUGACCUUUGGGGAACUCGGCAACUUUGGGACGCGCAUUGUGUUCAUCAACAUAACCAACGUGACGCAGCUGGAGACUCUGCGACAGGAGAUAAAAGACCUACUGAAGGAGGAGGGAAUCUUGGUCGCCGACAACAGGUUCACGCCGCACGUCACGCUCUUCAGGCAGGCGUCCAGGGGCCCCGUGAAGCCCGAGGCGUCAGUGCAGGAUCUGGUCACCCGCAAAGACAUUUCGCCAGUUGUCGCCUCGCCGCUCAACAAAAUCGUGUUUCAGAAGCUUCGCGAGUAGGCGGCUAGGUGCUGGUGACGCGUGUGUGUGUGUGUGUGUGUGUGUGUGUGUGUGUGUGUGUGUGUGUGUGUGUGUGUGUGUGUGUGUGACGUGCAUGUGACGUGCAUGUGACGGCAAAUCGUCACCAAACGCUCCGUCCCCCCCCACCAAAAAAUAAAUAUAAGUGUUGUAUGUCGUAAAUUAUUUAAUAAGUAAUGAGUGCCACUUGUCAUAGUGUAGUUCUUUACUUAAUAGUAUUAUUUGUAAGGAAAACUAGGUCUUCGCUAACGGAGAUCUGGAGUACAAUAAAGUAUUUUAUAUAGACUUACUAAC